AUGCCUGCUUGGGGCACCAUGUCGACUCUCUCGUUCCGUUUCUCCUCAGUUAUGGUGGGAGAAUCAACGAGAAAACCUACAUUAGCCUUUGUUUCCAAAAAUGCGGUUUUUGCGAAUCCACUGGGCCAGGCAUUUGCUUUGGGCUACUUACAAGACGCUCUCCAGCUUCUCAAAUACAGUUCCGAUCCGACAGACGACAUUCAGGUGGAAACGUCUGAGGCUCCAGUUGACAGGGAAUCAUGGACUCCUCCGUUAGUUAUGUGCUGUUUGCCGGGACUCAGUAAUGACAAAUCACAAGAAGAUGCCCGCUUCGAGUUACUACGUAGACUGGUCAAUCCCGAAGGCCCUUUCGAUUGGCAUAUUCCGGGGCCUUACGAUGGCCCUGGAUACUACCCCUCUGUCGCCACUUUUCUUUCUUUGGCUGCUUGGUGUUCUAUCGAGGGGCUUGUCAAGAUGUUAUUAGAAGCCGGCGUCGACGUCAAUUCGUGUGACAACCUGGACAGGAAUGCGUUGAUGACGUUGCUGGGCGACGUGUUUUCAUGGGAGGCAGACCAGCUGGUGUUUCGCGGUCAUUUGCAUUUCCCUCAAGAAAUGGAAGACAACGAGUACUACGACUCUGUUCUUGAGAUGGUUCGACUGCUGCUAAAUGCCACAAUUCAUCCCAAUCAUCAGGACGCGUUUGGAAGAACUGUGCUGCACCACCUGUUUAUGGCGCAGCCCGGCUGGCGACCAGACCGGUUGAAGCCUGACGAGGCAGGGGAAAUCGUUGGAUUGCUUCUUGCAAAAGGCACAGACCCCCUGAUUCGAGCCAAGCAGGGCUGCUCCGCCCUAAGGAGAGCCGUCAGGAGCAAAUGCAAAUGGGCUCUGGAGGUCAUGUGCCGAACAUGCCGGUUUGAACUGAGGGACGCUUUCCCCACUCACGACGAGGUGUUUGAUGUGUUGGUCGACUGCGACUGCGACCGACGACCUGAAUCCGAAUUGCCGCGAAAUCGUGAUGUGGAGGGGGGCGCAUACGACGAGCUCGCAGAGUAUUGCGGUUAUAGACCCGCAAAGGAUUAUGAUCGUGUACGUACACAUCACUACAGUGAUUAUCCACUUGAGUCUUUCGAUUCGGGUGGGCGAUUUUUCUGCAGCAAGAGCCAGACCGAAGAGCUGGUCCAGUUGCUGUGCAAUCUCGACCGCACAGCCAGUUGCGAUCGAGGCCAGGAGAUCGGCCAUGACGCGGGCCACGCUCUUCGCUACGCGGGUUCUGUUAUCAGGGAGCGUUCGGAAGAGGCGCUGGAAGCAGGUGCCGCGUCAAGCCGACUCCGUCAAAGACAGAACUAG